AAGCUAGCAAGACGCAGCUGAUAGAAAGGCUCGCAAGUGUGGAUGCUGUGCAUUGCAUGCGCAAAGCAUGAGUUACUGUAUGAGUAGAUUCCGCAGCAGCCUGUGUGAUUUCUCUUGAGUAGCUUUUCAGCCUUCUGUUGAAAAGUGUUCGAGAGAAAAGGACAGCUGCUACUUUAAGCCAGUCUUUUUACUACAGGCUGCGCUGUCGCGAACGCUGUCAGCAGUUGCAACCUUGCUCUGAACAGGAGCUGAAGGUUGUGUGAAUUGACUCUUGAGCAAGCAAGCAAGCAAGCAGUCGCCAUGGAGGGAGUUUGUCGCUGUUCUUGGCAGUGCACGCCCUUUUCUAGCUUCGCUACCACCACAUCAAACCAAUCUCCCAAAUCGGCUAGAAGUAAAUCAUCGGGUAGCCCCCCCUCAGCUAGCGGACACCUCCCUCUUCUGUCCAGUUCCAACCAGCGGCUUUGUCCUGCAUCUCAAACUAGAUGCAGAGGAAUUGCCAGAAGGCUGCGAAGCGCGUUUCUCAGUCCAUGGCAGCUUGCUUUGAAAUCGGAGAGGACACCAGCUCGAUGGCGCUCUCAAAAACAUGGCGUAGUGCGGUCAUUGGCUAAAGAACAGCGGGGGGGAUCUUCACAGAAGGAGCCAGAGCUGGACGUGGCCGUCUUCCGCUUCACCUUAGGGAUCCCAGGCGUUGAGGACGCCCUUCUGCCAAGAAUCCUAGGUUGUUUGGUCGGGGUGCUGCUCGUGGGGAACCAUUUGGCUACUCCAGCCCCCAUAGCCGACGCCCAGCUAAGGUCAGAAGCAUUAGGCGCCAUUCUCGCAGUGUUGGCGUGCAUAGUCCCUUCCAUCAGUCGACGCCUGCAGGAGGGUAAAGGUGGGCGGCGCGCCAGCCCCGACGAAUUGGACGGCACGAGCCAGCGGGUGUUCGCUCUAGAUCCCACUCUGCCUGACGUCAUCAAGCAGCAGCUGGCGUGGACCACGUACAGUCUGCUCAAGAACACCCGCACUAACUUGGUGCUCAUAAGCGAUGGGCGUCGAGUAGUCUGCGCUCGAGGAGCGGUCUCUGCGUCUAUGCCAACCCCUUUGUUGCAGUUACUAACGGAAUCUCUAGAAGAAAAGCUUGUGAAGGAGGUCCUGCGGACUAAACGCUACCUCUCAGACCGGGGAGCUCUUUCCUCAGCAGGCGUAGAUAGGUGGAGCUUUGUUCCGUCAAGUGUUCGCUCCGCGUGUUUUCAAGCAGUUCCGUCGCCGUCGAACGGGACCAUAAUGCUCUUUUCGGACGAGGACCGCUUCUUGUUACCAAAAGAUAGGAUAUGGGUUGAAGGACUCGCGAGCCGCCUUUUUGCGAGCGAGCACAAAGAGGAACCGUCGAGGAAUCCAGAGCAAGUUUCAGAAACUGCCACACAAACGACAGUCAAUUCUCGUUGAAGAAAGCUUGUCACUCAUGCGAACCCGCUACAAGCUUUGCCUUUGGGCAAACAGCUCGACGGUUGGCAGGUUCAGUGGAAAACUCUCUUCUGCUC